UGUCCUAACUGGCGCAUGCUCAUACUGGCAUAGAGAAUCAACGGCGCCUAGCUAGCUUCUCGUACCGUUCAGUCGGUUUGGAUCUGUGCUUUAGCUGACUAUCGUAAACAGUCACUUCUAAUCGGACGUCGCUUCCAUCGACAGGAGUUUCAGAGACCGAGGCGGGAAAGAAUAUGCCCAAAAAUAAAGGAAAGGGAGGAAAGAAUCGGCGACGUGGAAAGAACGAGAAUGAGUCCGAGAAGAGAGAGCUGGUGUUCAAGGAGGACGGACAGGAAUACGCUCAGGUGAUCAAAAUGCUCGGUAACGGACGUCUGGAGGCGAUGUGCUUCGAUGGAACCAAGCGGCUCUGCCACAUCAGAGGAAAACUCCGGAAAAAGGUUUGGAUCAACACGUCGGACAUCAUCCUGGUCGGACUCAGAGAUUACCAGGAUAACAAAGCUGACGUCAUCCUCAAGUAUAACGCAGAUGAAGCUCGCAGUUUGAAAGCGUACGGAGAGCUGCCAGAGCACGCCAAAAUCAACGAGACAGACACCUUCGGGCCCGGAGACGACGACGAGAUCCAGUUUGAUGACAUUGGCGAUGACGAUGAGGACAUUGAUGAUAUCUAAAGACCUGCUACUGGAGGGGGAUGGAGGGAUUUUACAGAAGAUGCUUCGAUUGGGAUAUUUUGAGCCGACACACACCGCACCAAUAAUGAUUAUUUUUAUUAAGAUCAGCCUAUGCCAAUCCAAUCCAGUUAAUUAAAACACAAUGUUUCAUUUAUUCCAAUUUGUUAUACAUCUGUAGGCGUCUUUGUUGUUUUGGAGAGCUUAAAGUGCAUUUUAUACCGGGGUUAAAUAAACGACAUCAGUACUUUCUGAAUGAACAUGAGACGCUGCUUUAGAGACUGUCUCAGUCAUCAGUCGGAGCAGCCGGAGGACGGCGGCAGACGGAGAGCUUCUCCUCCUUCGUGCAGUCGGGUUGGAGAAUCAGAGUAGGCUGAUCCCCAGCGUGGUGUUGAAGGUGACGAACAGGAGCAGUGCUGGUUCAUCCUUCGUUCCUUCAUCAACACAAACAGCUGACCUGCCUCGUCUCAUUCACUGAGGUUGUCUUUAUUUUUCUUUCUGUAUUCUAGAACCGCUCGUUUAAUCUUAGAGGCUCACGCCGAUACCUUGACUGCAGAAUAUCUCUCUCAGCAAGUGCGUCAUCUUUUUAAAAUGUAUUUAUAUUGAUUUCACGCUACGUGGAGUUUAGUAAGAAGUACAGAAUCUCUGGAUUCGACAAUAAAAAGAUUGAACAUUAGUUUUGUUUUGUUGUCUUUGGCAGUCUGUAUCAUUGUAGCCUGUAAGACAGUUUGAAAGCUGUUUAUCAAUGACAGAAGAAGAAGAAUGAUAACACUGAGUACGGCUCUGUCUCUGUAGGAGUUUCACUUUAACGUCAUAUUCCACUGACUUCGUAUUUCAAUGAACUAUUUGCUUGUUUCGAUUCAACCAUGGCCGACUGAAGGCGAUCCCUCUCCUUUAAUCAGAGGAAGAAUCAAAAUGUAUUUUUCUAUUGUUUCCCUUUUUUUUGUGUCUCUGUCUGUCGUUUUGUUUCCAUGUUGUGUUUCGGCUGCUCGCUCUGUGGCCUCGGACACGGCGUGAAGCUCGGCCCGAUUCCGCCACUCUCUCCUCAUUGCUGGAGCCGCGGUUCCCAAACCUUCCUCACCACAGACUCACGCACCAGUAAAACCUCAGAUUUGAGCUCACGUUCUCUGAACCUCUAGAAAAUCCUUUAACACAGAACUUUUAUCUCCUUCCCCCGUCUCCCCCUCCUCUCUGGAAACUCACCCAUGUUUCCUGAGCGGGGCCUAUAGCACCUCAGUUUGGGAACCACAGCUACAGAUCACAUGGGGCCCUGUUGCUGCUGUUGCUGUAACUCUGAUAAAUAAGAAAUGUACUAUGAUGUUUGAAGGCUGGGUUUCCAAUAAAGAUCUUAACUCCA